CAGUCCUUGUCUGUUGUGUUCGUAGUGCUAAAGUCCUAGUAGCUACAGCCAAUGAAAUGUCAUAACUUGCAAACAAACGGAAGUUUAAAAAAAAUAUCUUAUUUCUCUUCCUUCGUUCGUCGUCACCGGACAUUGCAGUCCAUCAAUCAUGUCUUCAGAAGAAUUGACUGCCACGGAAGUGGCCGAAAUGGCAGAGUCCGAUGGAGACAAAGUUGUGACUAUGAUGGAUGUUUUGCAAGAACAAGAGGAAUUUGAAGAAGACGCUAAUGCCGUUCUGGGGGCUUCGGAUGAGAAAAAUUGCACUUAUCCAAAGGGUUAUAUCAAGCGUCAAGCACUCUAUGCCUGUCUGACGUGCUGUCCUGAUGCUAAAACUGACCCAACAAAGAGAGCCGGAGUCUGCCUCGCCUGCAGCCUCUCUUGUCAUGAAAACCAUGAACUUGUGGAGCUGUACACCAAGCGAAACUUCUGCUGUGACUGUGGUAACUCCAAGUUCAAUUCACACCCCUGCCAGUUUACUCCAAACAAACCUGAAUUAAAUGAAAAUAACAGUUACAACCAGAAUUUCAGCGGCAUUUACUGUAUCUGUCACAGACCUUACCCAGAUCCUGAAGCUUCUUUUGAAGAUGAAAUGAUACAGUGUAUUGUAUGUGAAGAUUGGCUACAUGCAUCACAUCUAGAGGCAAAGGUGCCACCAAAUGAACAGUACUCAGAGAUGAUCUGCAAGGGAUGUAUGGAAAAAAAUGAGUUCCUCUAUGAUUACAGUGACUUUGCUGUUAAUGACGAAGGUGAAGAUGUUGAUGUCACCUCACUGAAUGAAAAAGUCAAUGGUGCUUGCAAUGGCCAUUCCAAAUUACAUGAACAAGACAAGGGUAGUGGUGAUGUUGAAAUAGACGAUAUUUCUGAAAAAGAUUCAGAAGAUCCAAAAAACAACACAAAUAUAACCUUAAACAGUACUGUUGAAUCUAGUGAGAAGACAGAACUAAAACCUGAAGAUGAAACAAAUGCAAUGACAGGAAUUGAAGAAAAACAAAGUGAUGAAAUUACCACACCAGCAGAACAGCACAAUGAUUUGGAAAAAGUGACAGAUACCUUGGAAAAUGACAAAAAUUCAACUGGGAAUGAGUCAGGUAUAACUGAAAAGGAAUCCAAUGAUAGUCCUACAAAAGAAAAUGCAGCUGGUGACACUGCCCCCAGCAGCAAUAUGGAAACUGAAGAAAAUAAAGCUGAAAAUGAGAACAAGAAAACUGAUGAGCAAACUAGCAGUAUUACAGAUGGCAACACUACUAGUGAAGAAAAAAUAGAGGAAGGCAAAGUUGCCCCUGAGGCAGCAACAAAUGAACCUAUCCAAAACUCGCAAGAUCAACCAGAAAUAGAAAGUAAAGAUGUAAAUAAUGCUACUUCUCAAUCUGAAAGUCAGUCAGCUAAAAUAGAACAAUCAGAAGCAAAUAUAGAGAAAGAUGAUGACCUUAUGGAGAGCAUAGACAGAUUAAUAAAUGGUGAUGAUGAAUCAUCUAAAGAAAAAGUUGAAUUAAGCUAUAGUUCAGAUCAGGGAAAAAUGGAAGAGAAUGCUGACGAAAGCAAUAAAAGUUUAAAUGAGGAAACACCUGUGAACAAUGAAAAUGUUGUUGAAAAUGAGGAAAACAAAGAUGUAAAUGCAGUUAAGUCUGAUGAAAACCAAUCUCAGACUGAUAUUGAAAUGAAGGAAACCAUAACUAGUGAAGAUAGUACAAAAACGAAUGACACAGAUAUUGAGCCAAGUAAUGAUCAUAAGAGAAAAUUAGAUGAUGAAGUAAUUGACAAAACUGAUGUUAAGAAAGCGAAAUUGGAUAUAAGUGACUGUAGAAGACCGAGAGGAGUCAAAAGGCGCCACAAAGGAGCUACAUUCUGGCCAUGUAAUUUCCGCGAAAAGCUUUGCACGUGUAAUGAAUGUAUCAUUAUGUACAGAGACUUGUCUUUACUGUUUUUAAUAGAUUUAGAGGAUACAGUUAGUGCUUAUGAGACUUUAGGAAAGGAGAAGAAUGAUGGGAGAAGCUCACAGUACGAAAUAGGUCUGCAAGCUUUGUCAUCUUUAGGAAGAAUACAGCAAAUCAAUGCUUUGACGGAAUACAACAAAAUGCGAGAUAAGCUAUUAGAUUUCCUUAAGAGUUUCAAAGACCGGAAAGAAGUUGUAAAGGAGGAAGAUAUUAGGGCUUUCUUUGCGGGAAUGAAGCCGAAACGCGAGCCAGACGGUGUGUAUUUCUGCAGAUAAUUUAAUUAGUUUUAAGGACUUCCUAUUUUUUAUAUUCAGUGAUUUUAUGACAUCUUAGUAUUGACAUUCUCAUUCCCUUUAUUUUAAUUGCGAUAUCUCAUUAUACGCAGUUUUUUCUGAUGAAAUGGUUUCAUUUAAAACUCAACCUACCAAAGCUUGGUUUCUGAAACUUUCCAGUAGAAUAUAAUUACGAUAAUAACCAUUAUCAACGUCAGGACACACAACAUAUAACUCUCCCUCUACAUUUUAAAUAGCUGUAAUUUGGCAAUAAAAUCAAAUAAGAAAGAAAUAAAACUAUAUUAAACUUUUA